GACUGAGUCAGGGACAUGACUUCUGAAGAGAGAUACAACAAUGUAAAUAAUAUUUGUCCUGAAAUCAGACCAGGUGAGGACGAUCUCCCAGGUUUUGACUUGAUACGAACGUUUAGGCUAGAUGACGUCACAAGAGGUUUUCCAGGAAUUAGGAGGGUUAAAGGCUCCAACAAAGUACAGAAAGCUUAUCGUAUAGGCCCGCGGAAAGCUAGAUUGAAAUUACCUACCAGCUCGAUGUUUCCUCUCGGCUUGCCAGAAGAAUUUUCUUUUGUUGCUACUUUUCGAAAGCGGAAUUUUAAUAAAAAGCCAUGGCAUUUGCUUCGUAUGAAUGGACGGAGAGGCAACCCUCAGUUUGGAAUUACAGUCAACCCUAAGACCAAUCAAUUUAAUUUCUACAUAGUGGAUAACCAGAGGGAGCUGCAGACAAAGAGAUUUCAAGACGUAAAUGUGGAUGACAAGCUGUGGCAUAAGGUACAAUUCAGUGUGUUCAGAGAUCAAGUUACUUUAUAUGUUGACUGUAAAAAAAUGUCAACAUUACCUAUCAAUCAGCCUGGACCAAUUGACGUGAAUGGGGAAAUUAUCGUUGCACAGUUCGACGCCAAGAAGGAAAAAACUGUACCGAUAGACCUACAGUGGAUGGUUAUCAGCUGCGACCCCUCGCGGCCAGAGAGAGAAAAAUGUGAUGAACUUAUUGUUCCUAAAGAACAGAUAAAACCUGAACCAACGGAUGUUGAGGCUUGCAUAACGUGUCCACCCGGACCUCCAGGGUCAAAUGGCACGCAAGGACCACCAGGACCUCCAGGUCCACCAGGUAGGCCAGGGCUACCUGGUUUGAACGCCUUGCCUGGUCUUCGAGGACCUAAGGGAGAACCAGGAUUCCCAGGAAUUGCAGGUCUACCAGGUAUAACUGGACCACCUGGUCCUGUAGGACUGGAGGGAAGACAGGGGCAGUCUGGACCGAAAGGAGAGACAGGUCUUCCUGGAGACCCAGGCCAAGCUGGAAGUAAAGGUGAUAAAGGCGACAGAGGAACACCUGGACAGCCUGGUACCCCAGGUAUUCCAGGAGAUCAAGGGCCUCCAGGACUCCCAGGAAGUAUUGGAAAUGCUACAGUGCUAGAAGGAUUACCUGGACCUAGGGGAGAACCUGGAACACCAGGUCCAAGAGGAGAACCAGGUCCUCCGGGACCAAGAGGUCCUCCUGGCCUUUUAGGUGAAAAGGGAGAUCCAGGUGCUAUUGGAGAGCCAGGACCUCUAGGUCUUCAAGGAUUCAAGGGAGACCCGGGAGAAAAGGGUUCCUUUGGGCCUUCCGGACCACCAGGACCUCCUGGUCCACCAGGAAAAGACGGAGUAGCAGUGGUUGGCACAGAGGACACCCUGUUGAUUCCAGGACCUCCGGGUCCAAAAGGAGAUCCUGGUGAACCAGGCCUACCAGGCCUUCAAGGAGAAAAGGGAAGUCCGGGAGAAAUAGGAUUUCCAGGACAAAACGGUGAAAAGGGACGCAGAGGUAAACGUGGUCAACCAGGGAAGCCAGGACUUCAAGGAGAAGCGGGGCCUCCAGGCGCACCAGGACCUAUUGGACAGGAGGGUCCUCAAGGGAAACCGGGUAUACCAGGAAAUGACGGAAUUACUGGAUCGCAGGGAGAAAAGGGAGAAAAGGGUAACAGAGGUGAACCAGGGAAACCCGGGACGAUUAUUACAACAAAUGAAAAUGGAAGUGCUGUUCGCUCAGGGCCACCAGGGGAGCCGGGUGAACCAGGCAUUCCUGGAUCUCAGGGAGAACCUGGCAUUGCUGGGCCUCACGGACCACCUGGACCUCCAGGACAACAGGGGUUUCCAGGACCCCCAGGAUCGCCGGGAGCAGAGGGUGAGAGGGGUCCAAAAGGUUCCAAAGGUGAUUCUGGACCUAGGGGUGCAGAUGGACUUCGGGGUGAGCCUGGAUAUCCUGGGAAAAUAGGACCAAUAGGUAAACCAGGACCAAAGGGUGAUCAGGGGGAUCCUGGAACAACUGGACAGAGAGGGCCAAGAGGCUUAAUAGGAACAGUGGGUCCUACAGGGCCGAUCGGACCCCAAGGACCGUCUGGUCUUCCUGGAAUAAACGGUCAACCUGGUGAACGGGGUCAACCAGGGCCACCAGGACCUCCAGGACCAAAGGGAGAUAGCGGAGCAGCAGCUAUUGAACUAGAAGGGUAUGGAGGUAUUCGUGGACCGAAGGGUUCGCACGGUUCUAUGGGCCCUGUUGGAAUGCCAGGUGAGCGGGGAGCAACAGGCGGGCGGGGUCUUCCUGGGCUUCCUGGUCCUAUAGGAAUUCCAGGAGCUCCAGGUCCGCCAGGAAUUCCAGGAAAUCCCGGAAACAGAGGUUCACCAGGAAUGCCUGGACUACCAGGACCCCCGGGUAGAAGUUUCAGCGAAGAAGAAAUGAGAGAAAUAUGUGCUGCAGUUCUUCGAGAGCAGCUAACGGACUUGACGGCGAAACUAAGGGGUCCACCAGGCAUCCCUGGAAGGGGAAAACGGGGUCAUUCAGGACCACCCGGUUCGCAAGGACCUCCAGGCGAUCGAGGAAAUCCAGGAUUGCCUGGAGAGAGGGGAUUUAUGGGAAUGCAAGGAAUGCCAGGUCCUCGCGGACUACCUGGGCUUAAAGGAGACAAAGGUGAUAAGGGCGAACGAGGUCCAGAAGGAGUUGGUAUUGAAGGACCUAUGGGUCUUCGAGGAAUUCCAGGACCACCUGGAGCUACAGGCACAGGACUCCCUGGCCGCCCAGGAGAAAGAGGACCACCAGGAAGACAAGGAAUGCCAGGAAUUCGUGGACCUAUAGGUCCUCAGGGACCGCCAGGCUAUUGCGAACUCUGUAGUUAUCCAGGUGCUGACUUGGCAAAUGCGUUUCAGCGGUUUAGUUCUAUUGAUGAUGAUAAGGGGCCUUCUAAAUAGUUGUGCCAGAAAAGAAUUUAAACCAGACACACCCAAGCUAUUUACCAUGAUAAAAAAAUAUAAAGUCAUUAUCAAUGAAUCUUUACUAAAGAAAAAUUCUCCACACAGGAUAGGAACGUGGAAUGACCGCCAGGUCAUGGUGCUGUUUGUUGUGGUCUCCAGUUCUGCUUUAGUGUGACCUUUCAACAUGCCUUGAUGUAUGACGGCAUCGAAUCUGGGCAUGUGAAAUAGAUUAAUGCUUAAAGAAAAGAAACAAUACCUAGAAUUAAUAUAUCGCCCCUCUUCCAUGUUUUAAAUACGACAAAGCAGGUUUACAAUAUAAUAGUAGUUUCGUAUAGGAAUGAUUUUAUUUUUUUCUGUCCAGACGUGUCACACUUACUUGUUGUGACUCUGCUCAAGUGCAGACACUGCCAUGAUUUAUUUAAUAAUUCUUAAAUGUUGCUGUUUGUCAAGUUCGAGAAAUGGCUGCAAGUCAUUCAGGAUUUUUACUUAUUUUACUUAUACUUUAGUGGUAUUUAAAACACUAUGUAUAAAGAUUGCUUUAAUCACAAUACACGCUGUUAUUUCUUGUUCAAAACUGUUUGGUGGUAUCGCUUUAACGCAGAAUGGUGUGUAGUGGAUGACGUUUAAUGCGUGUACUUGCUUUUUUUCGGAUACACUAUGUUCUAGUCUUCAUCAUGCUAGAAACAAAAUAUUAUAUUAUACCUGACAUAUAAGGCGAAGGAGAAGUACCUUCUGGCUCAUGGACAGCUGGCCGUUAGGUGUCACUAUUUACCUCUGACACUACUUUUGUUUUGUCUUUUCAUCUCCACAAAUUGAAAAGUAUAUUUUAUUUUUUAUUUCUAAAGUGUUGUUUUAUUUUGAUAGCCUAUCCUUAGGGUUGUUUCUCUUGUCUAAUAUUUCUUGAGAACGUUUCAACGAAUUUGUUUCGUAUCUCUCCAGAACCUCAGAAAGACUAACGUAAAUUCGCUGAAGCGUUGUCGUUAGUCACUAGACUUGAGAUAUAUCACUUAAAUGUCUAUGCUAUAAAACUACAAAACUGCCUAAACUUAUCCUUGAAUAUUGUAUUACCUGUAACGUUUGUUGUACAUACACCAAAUAAUGAUGUACUUGUGUAUUAAACCCUUUUCGAAAAAUGUUGCAGUUA